CGUCAUCCCGGGAUCCGCUUGCCAGCCGGGCAGCAGGCAAGAUGGCGGCGGCGGCGUCCAGUAUUCGGGAGCGGCAGACAGUGGCUCUGAAGCGUAUGUUGAAUUUCAAUGUACCACAUGUUAAAAACAGCACUGGAGAACCAGUAUGGAAGGUGCUCAUUUAUGACAGAUUGGGACAGGACAUCAUCUCUCCUCUGCUCUCUGUGAAGGAACUGAGAGACUUGGGAAUCACUUUGCAUCUACUUUUGCACUCUGAUCGAGACCCUAUCCCAGAUGUACCUGCAGUGUACUUUGUAAUGCCAACUGAAGAAAAUAUUGAUCGUAUGUGCCAGGAUCUUCGAAGUCAACUCUAUGAAUCAUAUUAUUUAAAUUUUAUUUCUGCUAUUUCAAGAAGUAAACUGGAAGAUAUUGCAAAUGCAGCCCUGGCAGCUAGUGCGGUAACACAAGUGGCCAAGGUUUUUGAUCAGUAUCUCAAUUUCAUUACUUUGGAGGAUGAUAUGUUUGUAUUAUGUAAUCAAAACAAAGAACUUGUUUCAUAUCGAGCCAUUAACAGGCCGGAUAUCACAGACACGGAGAUGGAGACUGUGAUGGACACAAUUGUUGACAGCCUCUUCUGCUUCUUCGUCACUCUGGGUGCGGUUCCCAUAAUCAGGUGUUCAAGAGGGACAGCAGCUGAGAUGGUAGCAAUGAAACUAGAUAAGAAACUUCGAGAAAAUCUAAGAGAUGCAAGAAACAGUCUUUUCACAGGUGACACGCUGGGAGUUGGCCAAUUCAGCUUCCAAAGGCCUUUAUUAGUGCUUGUUGACAGAAACAUAGAUUUGGCAACUCCUUUACACCACACUUGGACUUAUCAAGCAUUGGUGCAUGAUGUACUGGAUUUUCACUUAAACAGAGUUAAUUUGGAAGAAUCUUCAGGAACAGAAAACUCUCCAGCUGGUGCUAGACCAAAGAGAAAAAACAAGAAGUCUUAUGAUUUAACUCCAGUUGAUAAAUUUUGGCAGAAACAUAAAGGAAGCCCAUUCCCAGAAGUUGCAGAAUCAGUUCAGCAAGAACUAGAAUCUUACAGAGCCCAGGAAGAUGAAGUCAAACGGCUUAAGAGCAUUAUGGGACUAGAAGGGGAAGAUGAAGGAGCCAUAAGUAUGCUUUCAGACAAUACUGCUAAGCUAACAUCAGCUGUUAGUUCUUUACCAGAACUCCUUGAAAAAAAACGGCUUAUCGAUCUCCAUACAAAUGUUGCUACUGCUGUUUUAGAACACAUAAAGGCAAGAAAACUGGAUGUGUAUUUUGAAUAUGAAGAAAAAAUAAUGAGCAAAACCACUCUGGAUAAGUCUCUCCUAGAUAUAAUAUCAGACCCUGAUGCGGGAACUCCAGAAGACAAAAUGAGGCUGUUUCUGAUCUAUUACAUAAGCACACAGCAAGUGCCUUCUGAGGCAGAUUUGGAGCAGUACAAAAAAGCUUUAACUGAUGCAGGAUGUAAUCUUAAUCCAUUACUGUAUAUCAAACAGUGGAAGGCUUUUGCCAAGAUGGCCUCAGCGCCUACUAGCUACGGUAGUACUACCACUAAACCAAUGGGUCUCUUAUCACGAGUCAUGAAUACAGGAUCACAGUUUGUCAUGGAAGGAGUGAAGAACCUGGUAUUGAAACAGCAAAAUCUGCCUGUUACUCGGAUUUUAGACAAUCUCAUGGAAAUGAAAUCAAACCCUGAAACUGAUGACUACAGAUAUUUUGAUCCCAAAAUGCUAAGGGGCAAUGACAGCUCAGUUCCCAGGAACAAAAACCCAUUCCAGGAGGCAAUUGUUUUUGUGGUGGGAGGUGGCAACUACAUUGAAUAUCAAAAUCUUGUUGACUACAUAAAGGGGAAACAAGGCAAGCACAUUUUGUAUGGCUGCAGUGAGCUUUUCAAUGCCUCCCAGUUCAUUAAACAGCUCUCACAACUUGGACAGAAAUAACGCAGAAGAUUCUUAAAUGUGAUAAUCUCCUUGGAUAACUGUAAAUAAUGAAAAAAGCCAGGUGUUUUCUUCUCCAUAACAUGUCCUAACAUUAAAAUGCAAGAGUUAUGUUAAUUUUUAAGGAAAUCUAUAUCUACUGUAAUGUAUAGUGAUUAAAUAAAACAUUUCAGAAAAAAG